AUGUCUGAGGAACGAACUGCCGCUUCUAGUGACAACGCAAAUUCUUUACUCUCAGAAGCCGAUAGUCCAGUAAUGGCACUAGGCCGUCGACCCAUUGAACGGAGUCAUCUUGAUCCUGGACUGCUGCUUGGACUUGAGCUCUUUCAGCAGGAUAACGAUGGACUUGGGUUCGAGUUAACUGGUACCAAGGCCUCGCCAAUUAAAUUUUUAGGGACUGUUUUUCAUGGCAAGAAAGAAGAUACCGGCCCUUCCUUUCAUUUCUCUAACAGAGAUUCGAACAAGGUUUGCUCGUUGACCGGAGGUAUCAAUCUCUUCGGCACAGAUAUUGGAAGCGUAUCCCUUGAUUAUAACGCGUCGACAUCUCUGUUCUGCGGAGAAUCGCAUGACUCUAAGCUUGAAUUCUUAUGGGAGCCCAUAGCCUUUGAGCUCACAAAGCAAGACGAAAACUACAUCCUGCGCUUUGCAAAAAUUCCGGCUAUCUUUAAGGAUUUAAUCAAAGCUAUGGAAAUUGCCAAGAAGAUCGAGGAGCUAAGUGAAGCAGAUGGCAGUCCGUGUGGAGUGAUCAAACUUGUUUUACCCGAGGGUUUGAGCACCGAAGUCAAGGUCGAAGUUACUCCUGAGGUUAUUGCAGGAGACACAUCAAAGCUUCAGCUCGAUAUCAAAGGCUCGUUAGAAGUUACCUUAUUGGAAAAAUCGGUCGGGGAUAUUGAGUUUGGUCAAAUCACGGUCACAAUCGACGUUUCCAAGCCGCUUGAUGGACUUUCUUCUACUCUUACCAGAGCGUUGACAAGCACCGAGUCUGUUAAUAAGAUUGUAGGGGAUUUGCUGAAGAAUAAAGCCAAGCUUGCUGAGGUCAUCGCAUUGGUGGCAACCGAAAAGUUAGCUUCAAAAGCUGUGACCACCCUUAUCUGUCGAGAUUUAUACAAGCCGAAAUUAAACGAGAAAGACCCACCCAAAGAUGACCAAAAGGAGCAGACUGAUGAUGAUGGGGGAUCAGAUGGGGAUGGAGGAGCCGGCGAUGGGGGAGCGGGUACGGGGGCAGGCGGAGCUGGAGGUGGUAGUGCCAUCUCCAAUUUGAUCGGCCCGUUGGUUGCUGGAGGCGCAAGUUUAUUGGGAGCAGCGGCAAGUUUGCUUGCCCAUACCUCUGGACCUGAUCAGCACUCGAGCAUAAAAAAAACCAAAGGGGUAGAUGGCCCCCCUCCUGAAUCAGGGGACUCGAUUGGAAAGGCCAUUAACAUAGCCCUCCGCAACGAUUUCAAGCGAUGGACUCAGUGCACCCGCAUAGAAGACGCUAUUGAUUCAGCCCUAGCAUGUGCUCUAGAGUAUCGUCAGGCCAUAGCCCUUCUCCGAAAGAUCCUUAGAUCUAAGAACAUUGUCAAGAACUUGGGGAACAGCGUCUACAAAGACUACACACAGCGCCUUUCCAUGCUCAUCUACGAUUUCUCGACGCUCAGCACCGAUUUCGCAGUACAAUGGUUAGACAUGUCCGAAUACCAAAUUUCUAUGAAGGCCAGCCCAUCCAAACACGAUGGCUCCACUCGCAAACUCGAGAUAUCGUGGUCUAGAAUGGUCUUGAAACAAAACACUGGCGCCCUUGUUACUGUCAUGAUAGAUGACCAGCCCGGACCCUUGACGCUCAAAUGCGUCGAGAACACCAACACCAUUGUCGUCGAUAUUCCUGACUAUAGUCGGACCAAACAGCUAAACAUCACGGUUAUUGUGUCGACAGCUGUGUUGGCUCAGGGGGGCGAUCCUAAGUACACCUUCUAUAGUCAGGGCAAGCCAACCGUUGCGACAAUCAAAGAGGAGCCUCCUACUACGGCAAUCCUGAACAUCAAAGACUACUUCCCGGAAAGUAUAUCUAUACCUGGCGACCCCAUGACUUACACCGCUUUCUGUGACAAUACGCCGCUGGUUAUAACUGGUACCUAUUUACAUUGGCCUGUGAAAAUACAGAAUCCUGACAACAAGAGUGCUUGGGCAUUCCUUUCUCAGAACAUCGAAGCGCCUCACGAAUAUAAGGUUUCAAAGCAACCCGGACCGAUCAUCCCAGACCUUGUUGAUAUCAAGUUCGAUGGCGAGUGGCCUGAUACUAAGGUCUCACUACUUUCAACCGAAGAAAAGAAAUUGUCGAUACCACUUGCCGAACUAUUGAGGCCAGAGCUUUAUUUGAAGUAUCGUCACGUUCUAAUUGCGCGUCGUGACGCAAGCUUUCAACCCCAGCUCGAAGGGCUGAGUUACAUCAAAUCUGUGCCCGAUAUUAAGCAAUACCCAGUAAUCCUAUUCGGGACUGCUACUUUAUGGCCGGUGCUCUUCGUUGACCAACGGCCGUGUCUAUCAUUGCAAGGCUAUGAUGGCAACAAGGAACACCUUAUCACAUUUGGCUACAAUUUCGUUUCGUCAUUCAGUUUGCCAGUUGAUGCAAAACCAAAGGAACCAUUCGUUCUCAUCACUAAAAUCGCAAUUAAUCAAGACAAAACACGAUCGGACGAAUAUGAGUGGGUGGAUGUCUACGGUGAUUCGGAUAAACUGCUGGUCAAGAUCAACACUGAACUCUGGAAUACAAUGGACUGGCAAAUCGACACUGGAAGAAAGGAUUAA